AUCGUUGUUCGCGCCUACGACUACCACGGUCAGCCCCAGACGGUUGGAACGGACCCGAUCACUGCGCACUUCACAGAUUCGCACGGCCGCGAGGCGCCUUGUCAACUGCUGGACCUGGGCAACGGCUCUUAUGAGAUCACUCUGCUGCCAGUCUCCUCCGGUACACACAAACUCUCAGUCAAUAUCCUGAGUCGGCCAAUCCGCGGAUCUCCCUUCCUCAUUGGCGUCAAAGCCCGACAGGCGCCUCAUUGGUGUCUCCAUGAG